CUCUCGCUUCAGGCACCGUCAACGAGCUGAAGUGCACAAGAAACGAAACACUUUCGGGACGUUAGUAUGGCGGACAAGAAUAUAAAGAAGAAUGUUACAGGAGGUUUGUUUGGAAGCGUCGUGCCUGGCGACGAAGGUGAAGAUAAGUUUAAGAGCACUCACCACAUCUUGUUUUACAAGCGACAGAGAGCCAAACAUGGGUUGCAGUAUUGUGCCUCUCUGGAUACUUUAGUACUGACAGAAAAAGGAGCGAGUUUGGAAGUCUUUGAAGCAAAGUCUAAGGAACGUCUGCUUCUACAAAUAUGGCCAGUUCAAAAUGGAACUGUCAGAUUUACUAUUGAUGAGCUGCAGCCUAUCAAACCUCGAUAUAAGGUUGUAGAUGUUUUGGUCGGAGAACCAAGAUAUGAGCAAUUGAGAAUUGAUUGGAGGAGAGCAGGUUGUGUAUCUCUGACCUGGGGUCCAGGACAGCACCGGGUCCAGGUCUCUGCUUCUCCUUUUUGCCUAGAGGUCUUCUGUGAGGAAGAAGUGAUUGUCACACUCAAUCCAAAAGGUAGACUCUGCUUUGAGACACUGCAGGAUCCAACCAGGCCAUACUCAAGUUCACAUGAGGCAAGAUUCUCACUUACUGAUGAGGAAGAUCCCUUAGGGCUGUGGAAAGAGAACUUUCGACAGUUUCAGGACAUCAAGGCAAAUGGUCCCAGUUCAGUGGGUAUUGACCUUAGCCUGCAUGGUUUCACUAAUGUGUAUGGUCUUCCUGAGCAUGCCGAUUCUCUCCGGUUGAAGGACACCAGUGGCAGUGAGCCAUAUCGAUUAUACAACCUGGAUGUAUUUGGCUAUGAGAUAAACAAAAGGCUGGGACUUUAUGGCUCUGUUCCUCUCCUGGUAGCUCACAAGCCAGACAGAACGCUUGGCGUGUUUUGGCUAAACGCCUCUGAGACUCUGGUAGAUCUCCAAUAUUCAAACCAUGAGGAGGAAGAGAAUGGUCCACCAGUGAAGAGAAACAGGAUCAGUACUGAAACUAAUGUGAGCUGGGUGUCGGAGAGUGGACAGAUUGAUUGCUUCUUACUGCUGGGACCCUCACCAGCCCAAGUGUUCUCCCAGUAUGCUCAACUCACAGGAUACCAGGCAUUGCCCCCUCUUUUUUCUUUGGGCUAUCAUCAGUGUCGCUGGAACUAUGAGGAUGAGGAAGAUGUGAAAUCUGUGGAUGCUGGCUUUGACCUCCAUGCCAUUCCUUAUGAUGUGAUCUGGCUGGACAUAGAUCACACUGAGGGGAAACGCUAUUUCACAUGGGACUCCAAGCUCUUCCCCAACCCAGCAGACAUGCAGCUCCACCUGCAGAGAAAGAAAAGGAAGUUGGUGGUAAUCAAUGAUCCCCAUGUCAAAGCUGAUCCUCGUUGGCCUUUCUUUUUUGCGGCCAGAGAUGGUGAGCAUUUUGUGAAGGACAGAGAUGGCAAUGUUUACUAUGGAACAUGCUGGCCAGGUAAUUCCUGCUACUUGGACUUCAGUAGUUCAAGGACAAGGUCAUGGUAUGCCAGACAGUUUUCAUUUGACAAGUACAAAGGGUCUACAGAGUCGUUGUUUGUGUGGAAUGACAUGAACGAACCCUCAGUCUUCAAUGGUCCUGAGCAGACAAUGCCUAAAGACGCUGUACACUGUGGAGGUUGGGAGCACAGAGAUCUGCACAACCUCUACGGCUUCUUUCAGCACAUGGCUACUGUUGAGGGUUUAAUCACUCGCUCUGGUGGACUGGAGAGGCCAUUCGUCCUUUCCCGCUCCUUCUUUGCUGGGUCUCAAAGAAUGGGUGCAGUAUGGACAGGAGACAAUGUUGCUACCUGGGAGUAUCUGAAGAUCUCAAUCCCCAUGCUGCUGUCAUUGAGUAUCACUGGAAUACAUUUUAGUGGUGCUGAUGUAGGGGGUUUUUGGCUGGAUCCUGACCCUGAACUGCUGGUGCGCUGGUACCAGGCAGGGGCUCUGCAGCCCUUCUUUAGAGGUCACUCAGCUAAACAGACAAAGAGGCGUGAGCCAUGGCUGUUUGGGGACGCAGUCACUUCAGCAGUGCGAUCAGCAAUCCAGCAGAGAUACUGUUUACUGCCCUAUUGGUACACUCUCUUUCACCUUGCCCAUACCUCAGCCUUACCGCCCAUCAGACCUUUAUGGGUGGAAUUCCCCAAGGAGACAGAAACCUUUAUUAUGGACAACCAGUACAUGAUUGGCAGUGCUCUCCUUGCCUGUCCUGUAACUGACCCAGGCGUCACAGAGGUCAAGGUUUUACUGCCAGGAUCAGAUGAGUUGUGGUAUAAUGUAAGCAGUGGUGAGCAACACAGAGGAGGUGGGACUCUGACUCUUCCUGUGACUUUAGAGACAGUGCCUUUGUUCCAGCGGGGAGGAACAGUGGUGUCCAGGAGAACGGGCUGUGGCUCUUGCACAGCUGAACUUCAGCUGCAUCCCUUUACCCUCACUGUAGCCCUGGACUCAGAGGGCAAUGCUGAAGGUAUGCUGUACCUGGAUGAUGGUCAUUCCUUCAACUACAGGGACAAAAAGCAAUUCAGCCUACGGAAUUUCACUCUGCAGUCUGGCAGACUUACUAGCAGCUGUGCAGCUGAAGAAGGCGAAUUCAUCUCAGAUGGCAAACUGGAGUCAGUGGUCAUUCUGGGUCAAAAGAAAGUUAGCAGGCGACCUACUCUAAACUCAGCUGCAGGGAAGACCACGGUCAUGUUUCAGUUUGAACCAGAGCGAGCUAUGCUGAAGCUAACUGAUUUGAACCUGGAUAUACACACAGACUGGGAAAUCAUAAUAUAGCAGCAGUGCUGUAAUAGGUAACAGUGCUGGAAAACAGCUUUUUUUAAUCUGCUCUAAUGUUUUAUGUCCAAAAAAGCUUUGAUGUGCAUGAUGUUUUUACGUGAUGGGACUGAACUAUAAUUUCAGACUGACGAAUGCAUAUAAAUGUGAGAUCAGCAAUGGCAGUGUAACUUAAAAUGAAUUACUAUUCAAAAGUACAUUUUGUAAAGCUGAAAUGCAGCAGUGUAUUUCUUUUAUUGUUUGUUUCUUUCAUGUUUUGUCUUAAUCCUAAUGUCUGCCCAUAAAUUCAAACCCUGUGCAUUAAUUGUGUUCUAAUAUUGAUGACAAAAAGAAGCUGUAACAUUAAGCAAUAAAAAAAAACAAUCAUUACAA